AUGGCGUUGAAAUCUGCAAUCCGCAACUUGGGGAAUAACCCCCACCUCGUUUUCGUUCGCCUCCCGAAUCUCCUAUCAUUUCUCUGCAUUGUCGUCGGUGUUGUGUGGCUACUGCUCUUGCCUCUGAACGAGUACUCCCGACAAACCUACAUCUCCGAGAAUGCGCUUCUGCCGGGCCAAGUCCAUGCGUAUUUUACCGGAAGCGAGCAGAACAUAUUCCGAGGUUAUAAGAAAGAAUUGGAAGGAUUGUUGAAUGAUGGAAAAGCGAGAGGCGAUCAAAAAGACGAGGCGGAAGUGACAGCAGCGGUCUCGGACAAAUUGCAGUCAAUCUUGCAAGCGGCGGGCCUUAAAGUUGCCACGCAAAAAUACGAAUACACCUCCGCUGGGAUUACGCACCAGGGUGAGAACACUUAUGCUAUUAUCCAUGCGCCGCGCGGUGAUGCCACGGAGGCAAUUGUGCUGGUUGCGCCAUGGCUAACGGCUGAUGAUGAGUUGAACCUGAACGGUGUCACUCUUGCCCUGACAUUAGCGAGAUAUUUCAAGAGAUGGUCAUUAUGGUCCAAGGACAUUAUCUUCCUAAUUACCCCGGAUAGUAAAACUGGAACUCAGGCUUGGAUCGAUGCCUACCACGAUAUGCACCCGGCUUCGGUACAGCCACUUCCUUUGAAGAGUGGGGCGUUGCAAGGAGCACUGGUCAUUGAAUACCCAUUCGAUCACCGGUUCCAGACGCUCCAUAUUGUAUACGAUGGAGUCAAUGGCCAACUCCCCAACCUCGACUUGUUCAACACGGCUGUAGCCAUUGCAGGCGGCCAGAUGGGUAUCGGAGCCAAUCUACAGGAAAUGUGGGGUCACGACGACAGCUACGAACAUCGUCUGCAGACUAUGUUCCGCGGUAUGACCAAGCAGGGUCUCGGAUAUGCCACCGGUGCACACAGCAGCUUCAUGCCAUAUCAUAUCGACGCCAUCACCCUGCAGACCAAGGGCGAGGGAUGGGAGGACGAAAUGGCGCUAGGCCGGACGAUUGAGUCUCUUUGCCGCAGCUUGAAUAACUUGCUGGAGCACCUGCACCAGAGCUUUUUCUUCUACCUGCUCAUGCAGUCGAACCGUUUUGUCAGCAUUGGAACCUAUUUGCCCAGUGCCAUGUUGAUUGCUGGAAACUUCACUAUCAUGGCGAUUGCCCUCUGGAUUCGCACUGGGUACUACCCGGAAAGCAAGCCAAGUGCCAACCCCAAGAAUGAGAAGGCACCCACCGAAGGGAAGGAGAAGCCCAAUACGAUUAGCAUUGCGGAACGUCACCUUGCUUUACCACUCUCGCUUGUUGUCGGACUUCAUCUACUCGGUCUUGUCCCGCUCUGGGUCUUUAAUAAUGUCUUCCACCAGUACUUCACAACCACCACCUACAUAUUUGUGGCCGUGGAUAUCGUCCUCCCCCUCUUCCUCGCCGCAAUCCUCUCCAACGGCCUCGGUCUAUCAAAACCAAUCAUCCCCCAACAGUAUCACCUUAUAAAAUCCUUCUCCCUUCUCCUACUGGGUCUCUCCCUCUCAACCCUCGCCACUCUCAACUUCUCCCUUUCAUUCAUGAUCGGUCUACUCUGCGCGCCGCUUAGCUUCAUCAGCCGCCUGCGAGGGUCCGCGCCAUUCCGUUUGGCAACUUCAAGUCUGGGUCUGGUGCUUCUCAACCUUCUCUCCCCGCCAACUGUUCUCCUUGGCGUCUGCUGGUAUAUGGGGGUCUCCGUCGAGGCUGUUCUCACCCAGGCGGCUUUCGGUUGGGAUGUUUGGGUUCCAACCAAAGACGGCUUUUGUUUCAAAUACAUCAUCCAAGGAUAUGAUACCUGCGCAUUGAUUGCCAAAGCACACAAUAUCACCGAAGCCGAUAUCGAAAGAUUCAAUAAAAACACCUGGGUAUGGCUCGGAUGCAGACAGUUAUACCAGGGUGACUUUAUCUGUCUCAGUGCUGGCAAACCUCCAAUGCCCAUGGCCCUUCCUCAAGCUACCUGCGGCCCACAAGUACCUGGAACAACACGUCCGGCCAAAUGGGCCGAUCUCGCCGGAAUGAACCCAUGUGCUGCGUCUAAAUGCUGUGCUUUCUGGGGUCAAUGUGGUUCCUCCGAUCUACAUUGUCAAAAUUACCGUGCACCUCCUGCUGGUCCUACAGCUACCGUGAAAGGAGCGACAGAAGCCCCGAAAUCAAAAACUACUGGCAAUACAAAGGCAACAGGGGCUAAGCAACCGACCACCACUGGCACGGGAGCGAAGCCUGCCUCCAAUUCCAACUCUAACUCUAACUCCAAUUCCAAGUCCAAGUCCAAGUCUAGGUCCACUACUACCACCGUCAAGGCCACGAAAAUCACAACAACCAAAAAAUCUACUACAACAAAAGCAAAAGCAGCACCUGAACCAAGCGUAUCCCAAUACCCUUGGACAGCACCGUGGGAAAUCACACUGUACAGCAACAAAGGCUGCGAGGGCGACUACUACCACCUCGAAGGGUAUAACAAAGAAUUCCUCGAUGGCGAGGGCUGCUUGGCGCUCCACGGCGGCCUGAACAGCAAGUUCACCGAUACAGGCGUGACCUGUAAAUGGUGGACGGAUGAUAGCUUCACGUGGAGUAGUUGUGAUGCGAGCAAGCUUGAGAAACCUCAGUCGUGGAUCCUCAAGGGUGGGUUUUGUUCUGCUUUCAGCAAGAAAGAUUGUGAUUGCUUCGAUGGGGUGACGCAGUAUUAUAAACCGGAAGGGUGUCAUAAUCGGACGGGGAUUGAUACGCCUAAUUUUGCGGCUUUGCAGUGUUCGAUUAAUGGAGCCUAA